AUUAUAUUCUCUCAAACCCUAAUGAAAGUGGCGCUUCCAUUUCCUUCUCUCUCACCCUUACCGGCGAAAUCCGCCCCGCCUGUCUCACGCGCUGCGCCGCCUGCCUCACCGCCUUGCCGCCAGCUUGCCACGCUGCUCCACCGCCAUACCUCUUCGCAUUUCCGCUCGCCUGCCUCGCCGACUCUCCUUCCGCACUGCCUCAGCCGGCCUCGCUGAGGAAUAUCAUUUGGAGCUUGAGUGGACUAAUAAAGGCCAUUUGCUCACUUGCUACUCAUUUUCACCGAGGAUUGGAAGAUGGCAACUGGGGCUGGAUUUGAGAGUUUUGUUGAUCAGACAAUUUCAGUUAUCACAAAUGAUGGCCGGAAUAUUGUGGGAAUUCUGAAAGGUUUCGAUCAAGCUACCAACAUAAUUCUUGAUGAGUCUCAUGAACGUGUGUACUCCACAAAGGAAGGUGUACAACAACUCGUGUUGGGUCUCUACAUCAUUCGGGGUGAUAACAUAAGCAUUGUUGGAGAACUAGAUGAAGAGCUAGAUGCAAGCUUGGACUUAUCGAAACUUAGAGCUCAUCCUUUGAAGCCGGUCAUCCACUGAUGUUUGCCAAUACCUUAAAACUGUUUAGCUUUGCUUGUGAGAAUCAAACUUUAGCUAGAAACACGAAGUAAAAAUGAGGAUGUUUGAUCGACAUUUUUGCCAAAUAUAAUAUUGUUCAGAUUCA